AAACUUAUUAAAUAGAUACAUUGAAACUAAAAGAAUUCGUUGAAUAAAAAUGAGUCCUCAUCUUCACCCAGAGUAUGACUACCUUUUCAAACUUCUCUUGAUUGGAGAUAGUGGUGUCGGAAAAAGCUGUCUUUUACUCAGAUUUGCGGACGAUACCUACACAGAAAGCUACAUUAGCACAAUUGGCGUGGACUUUAAAAUAAGGACGCUGGAGUUGGAUUCAAAAGUAAUCAAACUGCAAAUUUGGGAUACUGCUGGUCAGGAACGAUUCAGGACCAUUACCUCCAGUUACUACCGCGGUGCUCAUGGUAUCAUUAUUGUAUACGAUGUUACUGAGCAGGACACAUUCAAUAAUGUGAAACAAUGGCUGCAAGAGAUCGAAAGAUAUGCAUCCGACAAUGUGCAGAAGCUGCUCGUCGGAAAUAAAUGCGACCUGACAGUCAAAAAAGUGGUCGAGUUCUCAACCGCAAAGGAGUACGCGGACUCGAUUGGUAUCCCAUUUUUGGAGACAUCAGCCAAGAACUCUACCAAUGUGGAGCAGGCCUUCAUGACCAUGGCUAGCGAGAUCAAGAAACACAUGGGAAACCAAGCCACCAGCGGAGACAAAAACAACGAAUUCAAGAUCAAGCCCACCGAAGCAGUCAAACCCAGCGACGGUUGCGGUUGCUGAUUGGUGCAAGAGAAAAUUAUGACUGAUGUGAAUGGAUGGAUAGAAAGAACUGAGAACGAAAUGAUAAUUUAAAUGACUGGGUUCUGGAUUCCAUGCAUUGUGAUGUUUGCGAAGUUUCAUUGUGUGACGAGAUCUUAUUUAAGAGCUUUUUAUCUGCAAGUUUGAUAAUUUUAAUAGAACUCUCCAUUUACAUCUUGCAAAUAGUAAGUUCAGAUUUUUGAAUAUUUUAAUGCACUCAAUCCGGCGGCUGAAAAUAUUAGCCCAAUAUGUUUGCCCAAACUGUUGACUUUUGCAAUACCUUCCAGGAAACACAGACUUAAAUCUUAUUUUAAAAAACAUAAUUUUUUUCUAAUGACAAAAUGAAGUGCUUAAGUGUUUCCUGGAGGUGUUUUGUGUAAUUUAUGUGAAAGUUUUCAAAUUAGUUGCAGUUUGAAUAAAAGCUCUACAUCAUUCGAAUCUUUUGAAUAUAUUUUGCUCUACGCUUUCCCGAUAUAGUCUUGUCUAGGUAUGUUAGUAGUCAGUUGAUGCCAAUUGUUUUUGACUGGGCAUUGUUAUUCCGCUUUUCAAUCUUCAUCUAAGCCUUUUCAAAUUUAAAUUCUCGAAAUUAUUUAAAGUGAAAAGGCUGGGUGGGUGGAUUAUCAUGCCUGUGACAAAAUGAAGAGUAAAAUCAAUGAUACCAUGCAAAAAGAUGUAGUACUAGUAUGCUAUUGUUGUUACUACUAUUAAUAAUUUAGAGUUUAAUGUAUAUCAUAUCUAAAGCAUAAAUACGUAAGGGAUAAUGUAAAUUGAAUAAUUGUUUUGUAUUUAUAUCAACCAGUACACUUCCAUGGAUUUAUGGAAUACAUGAUUUAUCUCGA